ACGUACACUAGUGAAGCAUCGUUUCUCGUCCUCGGCGCAUCGCAGGUCCUCGGAAUUAUUUCUUGAUUGAAACGGUCGCGACAUGGCUGUCAUCCGUGUGUAUGUGUCAUCCGGUUAUACGAUAAAGUGAUCCGACCAUCUGCGGGACGAAAUUUUUUUUUCUUUUUUUCGUUCUCACCUAAAUCUCGGAGGUUAUUUUUAUUUAUUUUAUUUUAUUUUUUUUUUAAAUUUGAGCGUUUCGUUUUUAGCCGGUAUCGUUGAAGAGGGAGGCGUGGUUUUUGUACAGUGAGAGGUAUAAAGUGCCGUAGACGGAUCUUUGUCGCGUGUCGAGUGACAAGUGUUCAUCUGUUAAGUCGAGGUCCGCGGAAGUGCGGGGCCGGACGAAAAUCGCAACCGUUUUUGGAAUGGCACAGCCUAGGUACGAAGAGGGUAUCCAUCCCUAUAUGGAGCCGCCGACUCCUGGUGCUAUGUACGACCCACAUGUCGGCCACAGACCCCUACAGGGUAUUCAGCCACAUCUAAACCACAACAUGCACUACCCAACCGGAGGUAACCAUGUUUCACCCGUCACCAACCACGUUAUGGGACCCGUUCCCGAUGUCCACAAGAGGGAUAAAGACUCCAUAUACGGACACCCGCUGUUUCCCCUCCUCGCGCUGAUCUUCGAAAAAUGUGAAUUGGCGACGAGUACCCCGAGGGACCCAGGCGUCGCGGGCGGAGACGUCUGUUCCUCAGAAUCGUUCAAUGAGGAUAUAGCGAUAUUUUCGAAACAGAUAAGGCAAGAGAAACCAUUUUACAAUGCGGAUCCCGAAGUCGAUUCACUGAUGGUUCAAGCAAUACAAGUUUUACGGUUCCAUUUAUUAGAAUUAGAAAAGGUACACGAGUUGUGUGACAACUUCUGCCACCGCUAUAUCAGCUGCCUCAAGGGUAAGAUGCCAAUAGAUCUCGUCAUCGACGAAAGAGAAUCCUCGAAACCCCUCGCCGAAAUGGGUACGCCCGCCAACGGAAACGACGGACGAAGCAAUGCGGACUCCACAUCCCACACGGACGGCGCGAGCACCCCAGAUGUGCGGCCUCCUUCCUCAUCGCUUUCGUAUCCCGGUCACGGGAACGACGAUGUCAGGUCUCCUGGGUCAGGUGGGACUCCCGGACCUCUCUCUCAAGUGUCCGCAUCACAACAACUGGAUCAUUCAGAUCAAGUGAAAUGGUGUACGAGGAGAGAAUGGCCGUCGCCGGCAGAAGCGAGGGCGGCAUCCGACGCUGCAAGGAGGGGUGUCCUCUAUUCUUCGGUAUUCCUCGGGAGUCCAGGCGAGUACAACUCGUGCGAUGCUAGCAACGCUAGUAUUGGAAGUGGGGAAGGUACGGGAGAAGAAGACGACGAAAGCAAUGGGAAGAAGAACCAGAAGAAGAGGGGUAUCUUCCCUAAAGUGGCCACCAAUAUCCUCAGAGCAUGGCUCUUCCAGCAUCUCACUCACCCCUACCCUUCUGAGGAUCAGAAAAAACAACUAGCCCAGGACACUGGGCUAACCAUACUUCAAGUCAACAACUGGUUUAUCAACGCGAGGCGCAGAAUCGUACAACCUAUGAUAGAUCAAUCCAAUCGAGCAGCAGGUCCUAGCGGAGCGUACAGCCCAGAGGCUGGCGGAAUGGGCUAUAUGAUGGAUGGCCAACAGAUGAUGCACCGUUCGGGAGAUCCGGCUUUUCAUUCAGAAUACCACUAUCCACAUCAGUACUACGGCCACCACCUGUAGUCAGAACCCCUCGGCCGUUCGCUCCACCGUGCGCCCUGCAUUUUUAUUGUUAAUUCGAUUACAACUUUGAAUUUUUUGGGUUGAAUUCGUUAGUGGAAAGUUCAGGGUAGGCGAAUUGUGCUUUGUGUUAUUGCAGUGUUGUUGUGUUUUCUAUUACUUUAAAUGUUUUACAGUUUACAUUUGAUGAAAUGUAGCACAGAUUUGACUUGUUUGUAACAAAAAUAAUAUUAAUAAUUAAAAAAAUAAUAAUAAUAACUAAUGAGAUAUGUUGGUUGAGCCACAACAUUAGUAUUUAGUUAGACCUCCCCACUUCCCCCUCUAUUGAGCAUCUAACUCUCUCCAUUUAUAUAAAUAUGUAUUAUAUAUUAUUACAGUAGGCAAUGUGUAUUGUAAAAUUUCUAUCUCCUGUACUCCCAUGCUUUAUAUUUAAGCACGAACUAAGCGUUUUAUAAUAACUACGAUUAAAUUCCGAAUGUGGAAAAAUGUAUACGAUUGAAACAAACUAUUUUUGCAACUUUAUUUAUUACUUUAUGAACUUGUUUAUUCGAUGACAGAUAUUGUAACUUAGACAUAAUUCGAUAUCGAAAGCUUUUUUAUCUGAAAAAUAAAUUCAUAUUCACUAAUUACUCGAGGAUAAGAACGUUUUUUCUUUCUGUUCUUAUCGUGUAAUCAGGAUUGGAAUAAGGUAUAAAUAUAGUUUUUAUUAUAUAUUUUACAUCUAUAUUAACACUAUAUGCAAUAAAGACCUUCGCUUGAAUAAGAAAAAAGUUUGUAAUGGAAAUAAUAACAAUAAAUGGAUAAAUGUGUUCCACCAGGAUUUGGCACUCAAGCAAGGUUUAGAUGUAAAUUUUCCCACUAGACACACGUUCGUCUAACAUAAUUUAAAUAUUAUGUAGAAGGGAAUACACAAUGUUCAUAUAAAUAAAUGAAAGGAAAAAAGAAACAAAAAUGUUUUUUUUGUUGAAAAUGUUAUUUGGAAACAUGUGAUUACUGCAUUUAUUUAGUAUUUUGUAAAUAAUUGUCUUCUGUUACUAAAUGGAGCAAGUGAUUUUGACUUUUUUAUAUGUACUUGCAUGUUCUUGUAAGGAGUACAUUUAAAAACAUAUGUAUACGAGUGGGCCCUGCCUUGUUCCCUCAACAGUUUAGUUCGGUAAAUUAUUCAAAAUAAAGUUUAAAUAAAAAAAAUAAUAAAAUAAAAAUGAAAGUACAAAUACGAUUAUUAAUAUGCACCAAGGUAACUAACUCCUAGGUUCUCAAUUUGUGGCGCUAUUUCUAAUGCAAAAUAAUAUUUGUGUGUAUAUAUGUACCUAUGAUUGAAUAUAGAAUAUAUGUAAGUGUAUAGUGGGCGGGGACCCCCGAAACCUUUUCCCCUCACAAUUGGAGUCGAGAGCUUGAAGACGUCACAACAAUUACUAAGUCCUCCGAAGUCCAAUGUUUGCUGAUUCUGUGCCCUGUUGACAUUUAGGGUCAUCAGGUUAAGUUUUCACCUAGCAUGAUAGAUUAAUCUAAAUUAAUUGUCAUGAGGAGUCGGUGAAUGAUCUUAUCAUGAUUUAUAUUAAAAAUCGAGAAUACCUUUAAAGUAUUUUAGUGUAGAAAGAAUGAAAAAUAAAAUGUCUUAUUUUUUUAACAAUCAUAUUUACUUUUGUUAAACAAUUUGUCCGUAUCAGUUUACGACUAAGUCAACGCAAAAAUUUUAGGGUAAUUUAUUUAUAUUGUUAAACUGCAUGCUCUAGAUGUGCAUAAUUAUUUAUUUAUCGGGCCAAUUUGUUUGAAAAAGUAAACUAUCAACAUCAUUAAAACCAAAUCCUCACUUUUAUAAAAUUAGUCAAGUACUCUUUUUUUUGUUUUUUUAAUAUUUUUAUUGAUAUGAUUAUAUUACGUUUAUGACAAAAUGUUUUUAAUUAACGCAAUUUUAACAUUAGUUAAUAUUACUUAUCGAUAAAAACAGAAAAAAUUGAAGGGAAUCCAGGAACCAUAUUUUCCCACCAGCAUUCAGAAAAAAAUUCCUCAUGACAAUAAAAUAAAUUAUAAAAAUAAUCAGUACCACCUAGGGUUGCAAUUCAAACUUGGAAGUUUAUCAGACCGCCAUGUGGGUCUGUAUGGCUUCGAGCUCUCGACUACACUUUUUUUUAAAACCUCAACUCCCAAUAAAUCAAGAGGUAGUGGAGUUCCUUAAAAGCGGCCCACUAUCUGCUUAUAUAUAUAUGCAUAUAUUCAUAUUAUGUUUAUGAANAUU